CACAAGUGCAAAUAAAACUUGAUUUAAUUUCUUACUAGUGGUGACUCCUGUUCUCUUUAACUUGAAAAUACAAUGGUUUUCCAAUCACAUAAUAACACAUUUUGUAUCUUUAUUUUGUUUUGCUUUUUGGCCAUUACCUCUGCUCAACUAUCUCCAAAUUUCUAUGCAACAACAUGUCCCAAAGCUCUCUCUAUCAUAAACUCUGCAGUGUGUAGCGCUGUUUCGGAAGAGCAUCGCAUGGGCGCUUCGUUGCUCCGUCUUCAUUUCCAUGAUUGCUUUGUCAAUGGAUGUGAUGCAUCAGUCCUGUUGGAUGACACUUCGAGCUUCACCGGAGAGAAGUCGGCGGGUGCAAAUGUGAAUUCGCUGAGAGGUUUUGAUGUGAUUGAUAACAUUAAAACACAGUUGGAGACUGCUUGUCCUGGAAUUGUUUCUUGUGCAGAUAUUGUUGCUGCUGCUGCCCGUGAUUCUGUUGUAGCAUUGGGUGGUCCAACAUGGAGUGUUGGGUUAGGCAGAAGAGAUUCAACAACUGCUAGUAAAGAUACUGCCACUAGUGAUAUUCCAUCUCCUCUAAUGGAUCUCAGUAACCUCAUAACUGCUUUUUCAAAUAAGGGAUUUACAGCCAAAGAAAUGGUAGUCCUUUCAGGUGCUCAUACAACAGGACAAGCCAGGUGUCAGUUAUUCAGAGGCCGAAUUUACAACGAAACAACCAUCGAUACAAAUUUCGCAACCUCAGUGCAAUCAAACUGUCCAAGCACAGGUGGUGACAGCAACCUAACCCCACUUGAUGUCACAACCAAUGUGCUAUUUGAUAAUGCUUAUUUCAAAAAUCUAGUCAACAAAAAAGGACUUUUACAUUCUGAUCAACAACUCUUCAGUGGUGGUUCUACUGACUCUCAAGUCACUGCCUAUAGCACAAGCUUUUCAUCUUUCUAUGCAGAUUUUGCUAAUGCAAUGGUGAAAAUGGGAAAUCUCAGCCCUUUAACAGGAAAUAACGGUCAGAUUCGUACGAACUGCCGUCAAGUUAACUGAAUCGUUUCGUUUAUAAUAUGAAGAAGAAAUCAUGGUUGUUCAGUCACAAACUUUCAUGUAAUAAUAUGAAGUUCUAGUUUCCUAUAGAAAAUAUGAAGAGCAAAACAUGCUUGUUCAGUUAGAGUGUUUUAUGCAAUAAGAAUAUCAUAAAAUGGUAUUUUCUUGUAACAUGUAUGUGUCUUAGUGUUGUAUUGUUCUUCUAUAGAACAAAAUAUCUUGUUCCAUACUAAAAUAGUGUGGGACAUUUUCAUGUUUUAUUAAUUUAAUGGUUAGUGUUAUUAACCAACUUCAUCAUUGCAUUAACAAUAAAAA